AUGAAGGUCGCCAUCACAUUCGCCCUGGUCGCCCUCAUUCUCUGCUGUGGUCUUGCUUCUGCAGAGAUCUGCCAGGGCUUUCUAAACAUCAUGGAAAACCUCUUCGUGGGCACACUUUCCAGUUAUGAGGCCACCCUUGAACCUUUCUUGCCAGACGCGGACAUGAAAGACGCGGGGACCCAGCUGAAGAAGCUGGUGGACACGCUUCCCGAGAAGGCCAAGGAGAGCAUCUUAAAGCUCAUGGACAAAAUCUUAACAAGCCCCCUGUGUGCUUAGGAUUUAGAAGCUGAAGAUCUCCUGCUGUCAAAGCCCCUGCUGCUGCCCAGCCACUUCCCUCGCUGUGCCCCCUCCCCGAC